UCUCCAGAUUGUUCUUAAUUAAGUGAAUCCAGUUUUUGCGGUUUUCUGCGACAUAAAAAUACAACCCUCCUGGCAUAUGAAAAUUUGCAUGAUAUCUCAGUGCAUGCUUAAAGUUGGUGCAAAAUCAAACUUUUACAUGGAAUUAUAAACUGUUGUAUGCAUACAGAAAAUUGAAACUUUUGUAGACCGAUUGCAAAUGGUGUUGCGGCAACUGUGCCAAAAGUUUGUUUCAAAUCUAUUUCUCUUGAUAGGUAUUCGAUCAAUUUUUACAAGAUUUCCCGUCAUGGCAUGGCGUUCGAGUGGCAACAAUAACACUGACUUGAUUAACAACUUGAAAAGAAAUGGAAUUUUAAAAACGCCAGAAGUUAUUGAGGCUAUGAAACAAGUGGAUAGAGGAAGCUUUGCUAAGUAUAAUGCAUAUGCAGAUUCCCCUCAAUCCAUUGGAUAUGCAGUUACCAUUAGUGCCCCUCAUAUGCAUGCUCAUGCCUUAGAGUUACUAGCAAAUCACUUGACAGAAGGGAAAAGGGCGUUAGACGUAGGAUCAGGGAGUGGUUAUUUAACAGCUUGUAUGGCUAUAAUGCUUGGAGAAAAUGGGAAAGCUGUUGGCAUUGAUCAUAUUCCAGAACUAGUGGAUGAGUCCAUUAAAAAUAUGAAGAAAAAUACAAUAACAAAACAACUGAUGGAAUCUGGUAGGAUGGUUUUAGUGGCUGGAGAUGGUAGAAAAGGCUACCCUCCUGAGGCCCCAUACGAUGCCAUCCAUGUUGGAGCAGCAGCUCCACAUUUACCAGAGGCUCUUGUUGAGCAGCUGAAGCCUGGUGGAAGAUUAAUUGUCCCAGUUGGUCCACAAGGAGAACACCAACAUCUGUUACAAGUGGAUAAGAAUGAAGACGGAACCAUUACCAAGCAGAAUCUUAUGGGUGUUAUCUAUGUUCCGUUAACAAGCAAAGACAAACAGUGGCCAAGGUUUAAAUAAUAUGCAUGUUGGAUCUUCCUUCUGUUACAUGUGCAGCAGUAAAGAUGAAUUGUAGCUGCUGACAACAUUAUCUUCCAGAAAACAAGUGCUAUCUAUGUAAGCUGUAUCCAAUGAUUCCCUGACACUUUUUCGUUCAGACAUUUAUACAAAUACUCAACAUAAGGUAUCAUUCACAAGUUAUGAAGUUCACAAGAAGAAUGUUAUUUACAGUGAAGCCAGCUUAGAUGAAACCAAUUUGAACUGUGGUUAGACAGGUGUUACACAGGUUAAAUCACAAAGGAAUUUUUACUAUGUCCUUAUUCAGUUUACACAUGUUUCCAAUUUAUGCAAUGUUCAGUUCAGACAAUAUCCACUGUUUUCAUUUGAAAAAAUCCUUAAUAUGGUAUUGAUAUUUGUUUCUCUAAAACUAAAUGUUCUCAGAGUAUUUUUUUCUGUAUUUCUAGUAGAAACAGGGGGAAAAAUUAAACAAAUAAUUUUUAUACGCCCGUCAAAAUUUUGACGGGACGUAUUAUGGUAUUCAAAUGUUCGGCGUCCGUCUGUCUGUCCGUCCGUCUGUCUGGCGUCCACAUGUCGCACCCUUACUUGAGAAUGACUUAUCCAAAUUUCAUGAAACUUAAAAUAGUUGUUUCUUUUGAUGGCCAAACAAUCUGUAUACUUUUUGGUGCAAAUAAGAUUAAAACUUUUUGAGUUAAGGGACUUUGUAACUAAAACGGGGGUGUUUUUUCAAAUGUCGCGCUGUAUCUCAAAAACGAUUUAUGAUUAUUGCUUAAAAUUUUACACACUUCUUAGUUAUAUUAAUCUUAAGAUCUGUAUACUUUUUGGUGAUGAUUCAAAAUUUUAUUUGAGAGUUAUUGAGUUUUUUGUUAAAAAGGGGGGGGGGGAGGUUUCACAUGUCGCACCGUAUCUAAAAAACAAUUUAUGAUUAUUGCUUAAAACUUUACACACUUCUUAAUUAUAUUAAUCUAAAGAUCUGUAUACUUUUUGGUGAUGAUUCAAAAUUUUAUUUUAGAGUUAUUGAUAUUUUUAUUAAAAAAAGGGGGGGUUUUCACAUGUCGCGUCGUAUCUCAGAAACGAUUUAUGAAUAUUGCAUAAAACCUCACACACAAGACGAUGGGCGUAUCAUGCGCUCUAGGCGCAGCUGUUUAUUUGGUAUUUCAGUUCAAAUCAUUUAAAUAGUCUCAAACAAUACAAGUUUGAUCAAAAUUGUAAACUUUAAUAAUGUGUCUACAAUAUUUUUGUUUGUUAUGACAGAAAUAAACAUGCCAUUAUUGCAGUGUCUAUUCAUUUUGACAUUUUUGUUUUCAUUAAUAUCAGUUUUACUCUAUUAAAAGGUUGAAGUGGUGUUCUGUGUUUUUUUUUUCAUAUAUUGCAAAUUUUACAAUAAAAUGAGCUUAAAAUAAACACCCUGUGCAAAUGUGUAAAUUUGAUAUGAAAACAUAGUGUACAUUUGAAUAACUAGCAUAUGUGUUUAUGUAUUUAUUGUUAUGGCCAGUUGAUGUGAACUUGUGUGUCAAUUUUUUGUUCCACGCUACGUUAUGCCCUUUGGAAAUAUUAAUUAUAUGGAAAAUUGCAUUGUAAGUACUUUUAAGCCUACAUUUCUUCAAGAUAUUUAAAAAUAGUUUUGAAGAGCACACCCAUUUCUUUUUCUUUUUUCCCAUGGACAGAUAAAACAUGAGCAAAGCUGGGGACAUUGGAACUGUGUUCUUUUAUUUCCAUUGCAUUAUGGUUUGAAAUUAACAAAAAAGUAAGUUACAUUUAUUCGGAGAAUUAAACUGAUAAAAAGUUAUUUGGGGAAUCAGUUUAUACCAUUUGAAAUGUCAAACUAAGGGGGCAAAUUUUUUCUCACUCUGACAGAAAGAAAGUUACAUAUUCUAAUUUCACAUUAAUAAUUUAAAUUUCUGGGUCAAUUAAAUGACCUGGAUGUGAUUUUGUUUGUAUCUGUUUGUAUUGUAAGUUUUUGAAAGUUCUUUAUCAAUUAAAUGUUAUUCAUUUUAAUAGUUUGCACUGCAUGGCAGAAAAGACAAUAUAUAACAUAAAAUAUGUAAAUAUUUUGUACAUUACUCAAUUGUACUGUUUUUGUUUGCCUUUAUGCUUUAGAAAUGUAUAUGAUUACAUGUAGAAUACUUCAUGAAUAAUUUAUUAAUUGUAUACUGUGAUACAUGAAUAAUUCAUUAAUUGUAUACUGUGAUACAUGAAUAAUUCAUUAAUUGUAUACUGUGAUACAUGAAUAAUUCAUUAAUUGUAUACUGUGAUACAUGAAUAAUUCAUUAAUUGCAUACAUGAAUAUUUAUUACUAGUAAUUGUAUACAUAUGAAUAUUGUAUCACAUGCAUAAUAAGAAAAGUAUUUAGGAAGACAAAUCCUUAAUGUUAUUUGCCAGUAAAACUUUUGUGAACUUAUGAAGAAAAAACAUCAGCAUUACUUGUUAGUAAAUCUUUCUUGAACAUGAAUAGGUAGAAAAAAAUUUAUUAAAUAUUCUGUUAUUAUUUUAGUUGUGAAAAAAGGUUAGCCAGACAAAAAGUUUUUAGUUAAGAGAAAAGUAUGUCUCAUGAAUAUGAAGAUAUUUCUGCACAUGACUGCUCGUGAGAAAGCUUUAUUUAAAUGAUUACUUGUCAGAGGGAUGAAUAAUUUCUAGAGUGGCAUCAAUUCAAUUUGUAGUCUCAGUUGUAAAAAGUGCUAUAAGUAUCCACAAUAUCAGUAUUUAAAUGUGUAAUCUUAUUACCAAUCCCCAGCUGUAAAAAAAGUGCUAUAAGAUACUAUGACCGGUGAUUUGGUUUUAUUUGAUGACAAAAUAUUCCAUAGGAUGAAAUUUAUUUGAGAAAUGCUGGUGUUAGAUAUUUAGAAUGGCUAUAUGGUUAUAAAAUUAAUUGCUUAAAACUUUUAACAUUUUAUGGACUAUUGUGUAGUCUUUAAAAUGUAACUGUUGUAUUAUUUAGGAAUGUUAUUGAAAUAAAUAUUUAAUGCUUAA